AUGAACCAUGCACCCCGCAUUGAAGAUACAGAUUUAAUUGACCCAGUACUGCUCCUGAAUGGGAAUGCAGUGCAAGUUCCCAGCCAAGCCGGCCCUGUUCGCACAGUGCAAUCACGUCGGAGUGGUGGCUCCCGAGGUGGUGCACAAGAGCACUUAGCCAAAUCCAGUGUCUACUGGCCACUCAAAGUUCUUCGACUGAAGGAGAAGCUCCGAGAAUGGUCUCUGCCUGUAUCGGGCAACAAAUCUAUUUUAGUAGCGCGGCUCGACGAGGAUGACCGCCAACGUGCUCCCUACUCGGACACCCCUGAUGCAGAAGUUUUGGGCAUGGGAGGACACACAGGAACAGGAAUUGACGACGACCGUGUCACCCGCGACUUGGGGGCGCUAUGCGACUCCUUUGGAUGUGGACUCGUUGGAGAGGAAGAAUCUGAGGAUGAAGAUCAAGGAGAGUGCGAAGAAGACAAAGACGAGGAGGUCGCACCCACAGGCAUGCAAGAUCAGAUGGACGUUGACCACCCCGUGCACUGCGCUGGUUCUGCCGCAGAUUCCAAAGCAUGGAGUGGGCAUCAAACUGAGAGUAGCGUGCUCGGCCUGUGGAAAUGUUGGGUAGACCAGGCGCUUGCUGCAGGAACGAUAUCCGAUGUGGUGAUCGACUCCCACCACUUGAUUGAAUACCUGAAGUAUGCAGCAAUGCGGAAGUUGCUGACAACUCGAGGUCUCGAGCGACUGGGAGAUCAACGGCUUUCUGCUUCAUCACUCAAAAAGAUCAUGAUGAUGCUGGGCUGCGUGCAGAGACAACAGGUCGACAACGACCCACAGCUCGACCAGACGCGCCCCGCCAUGACUUCUCGCACAAUCGAUUACUAUCGAGCAUUGAUGGUCACUGCGCAACGUUUGCGACUGGAAUGCUCCCCCUUUGAGGAGAUCAAGAAGUCGAUUCUGACUGGCCUUGAUCAGUUGCCAUCUGUCAUCAAGGCGCACUUCUCGUGGACGUGGCAAUGCACCACACUCAAUCGCGGUGACGAGCUGCUCAACCUCCUCCUCUGCUGCAUCCAGCCGCACCAGAUCUUCAUCUCGAACUACACUACUGUCGAUGGAAGGCGAAGCGGCCAUGGACGGUACGUCUUUGGUGUCCUGUCUCUCUACCAUGAGACCAAAGUAGCAAAACCCGGGCAGCAGGAACCUGACUACAACUUCGUCCUCCCACAUCGAGACCCACUUCGUUGCUCGGUCGGUGCGCUCUCGCUACUCCUACACUUCAUAUUCAACAGGGAGAAGCUGGUGGACAGCAUAGAAGGAUGGGACUGGUCCCUUGCUGCGUCAUGGCGGAAGGUAAAGCUUGUGUAUGGAUGGAAGGUGCACAAGCCAUGCAGCCAAGAUGCGAUGCAGAAGAUGUACAAGACAUUCCUCGAGCCAACGAGCAUCAAAUCCUCGAAGAAACUUCAUCUCGCUCGGCGUACCCUUCCCGGGGUUAUGGAGGAUAUGGGUGUGAAUAUGGAUGAGAUUGAUGGUGUCGGCCACUGGACGGGCAAUACGAGAUGCGAGGUGUACGCCUCGAAGAUACCGAAAUUGGCCAUGACUGCACUUGCCGGCUUCUAUGUCAGUGAGCAAUAUGAUGUUCCAUGGGCAUCUGUGAAAGUUCUGCAGGGCUUGCAGAUGCAGCUCUUUCCAUUCGUUGAGGAGGCUCUCAUCCAUCUCAAGGCCCGUGAGAAAAUCAACCAUGGUACUGUCAACUUCCUCGAGCUCUUGCAGCAGCUUCGACCUUUCCUUUGGCGGAUCAUGGGAGCCAUCCAUGAAGCAUUUCCCGAGUCAGCAUUGUUCAAGCGGCUGGAGGUUUUGCAAAGCGAUGAAGCACGGCUCUUUCUCACUCACUGGCCGGCAGCCCAUCAGGUGAAGGAUGUCGAGGCACAAUGUGCCACACAAGCCGCUGCGGUGUUCGCAGAGAGCGUGACACAAAGCACAUUCAUGGCACUUUCCAUGGGCUCACAGAACGUCGAAGCCUCGCUGCGCGAACAGUCACAGCAGCUCAGCGUCAUCUCUCGGUGCACCGAGCAGUUCUCUCCAUCGAAGCAGGCACCUGCGCGGUGCACCCGGAACCAUGAACUGACGCCAACACCCUCAGUGCAUGUUGCGAACACUCCACAAGGGGCAACGUCCGAGUUGCUGCUGAGUAUGCCUGCUCAGGGUGUUGCCAUGAUGAGAGCCGAGAUUGGAGGUGCUGGCGAUGAUCCUUUCAGUGAUGCAAAUUCCAUGCGAGUUCCCAUUGCUGCGACACAUCCUGGGACCACUGCUGGAGUGCCCAUGGACAUUGAUCACACUGUCAACAUCCCGAUGUCAGCUUCAGCUGCUGUUCGUUGUGAUGGCAGGCAACCAAACACGCUGUUGCAUGGCGGCACUCGGGUGCCAGAUGGACCAGCCAGUCUCAUCCCUUAUAGUGUCCCCCACAAUGUGUUCGAUCCGAUCUUGCCAGAAGCUGCUGCAUUCCAUGGCGAGAAUAAGCCACCUCCCCACACGUACCCUCUUUUCACAAGUUCAUCCUGCUCAUGGACUGCUAUACUGCCUCUCAUCCAGCGCCCGGACCUCAUCUGGAAAUGCUGGAAGCCGGGAACCCUCAGUGACUACCGCACAAUCAGAGAUCUGUGGGAAGUAUGGAUGGAAGGUGAGCGGAUUGACGGUGUCGGACGGAAGCCACCCCUGCGGGAGGUCGACAAGCUGUGGGGCAUGCAAAAGAACAAGGUGACAAACAAGGGGCGCCAGCAAAGCUGGCGGCCUCGCAACGACGCCGCAGCACGUCAGCACUGGACCCAAUUCAUGUACUUUGUCUCUCGCGUCGAAGGCCUGAUGGACCAGGGAAAGACAUUGUCAGAAGCAGUGCACCAACUCGAGCAACAGCGCGGUACCCUGUCACUCCACCAGCUCCGCAAACAGACACAGAGCAAGCGCAAAAGUGUCCAGACCGGGCCCUCGCUCGUGGAUCCCCCGCCUGUUGGUGGCACACAGCCCGCUCCGGCCACCACUGCUAACGUGGCCACCACUGCUAACGUGGCCAUCAGCGCGAACGCGGCCAUCGUUGGCAGCGGUGGGAACAGCGCAGUCACGCCGUCGUCGGGGUCUGCCGCGCACUCAGCGGACUCGGGCCAGUCUUGA